AAGGCCAAACCAAAAGGGGCAAAUAAAUACUGCAAAAAAUUAGGGUUUUUUCAAAAUCAGAAAUAGGAACCCUAAUUUCUGAUUUCAGAUUGGAUAAUGCAUGGAAGAAGGAAGGGGAAAUGCUGGAAAGGGAACAAAGGCCAGAGCUUUGAUAGAGAGGGCUACCAAUUCCACCGCUCCGGAGGUGGAUCCCCGCCUCCUCAAGGCCAUCAAGAUGGUGGUCCGUUAUUCUGAUUCCGAGCUCCGCCUCGCUACCGAAACCCUUUUCGAGCUCAUGAAACGCGACCACUCUCAGGUUAGGUACCUUGCACUUUUAAUAAUUGAUGAACUCUUUAUGCGUUCGAAGCUUUUUAGGGCACUGGUUGUUGAGAACUUGGAUCAGUUAUUAAGUUUGAGUGUUGGGUUCCGGCGAAAUUUGCCGCUUCCUGCCCCACCGGCUGUUGCGUCUGUUUUGCGUUCAAAGGCUAUUGAGUUCUUGGAAAAGUGGAAUGUGUCUUUUGGGGUUUAUUACAGACAGAUCAGAUUAGGUUAUGAUUACUUGAAGAAUACUCUUAAGCUUCAGUUUCCUAACAUACAAGCUAAUGCAGAGCGGAUUCGGCAAGAGAGAAGGGAAAGGGAAAGGAAGUCAAAAGAGAUUUUAUUGAAAAAGUAUGAAUUAUUGAAAGAGAAUUUAUCUUCAAUAAAGGGAGGAAUAAUGUCUACGGUGGAUGAGAUUGAUCAGUGUUUGGGCAUUUUGCAUUCAAAAGAGGAGUUUCUGUCGGACGAUAUGUUAGAUGAUGAAGAAUGUGAUGAGUUCCGACCUUUGGAGCUGCAGCAGAUUCGUCUUGAAGCAUUGAAAGAAGGGGAGAAAGUUUAUGAGAACAGUGACAACAAGGUAGUUUUCGAUGCAUUGAGGGAACUAUACAAACUUCUCAUGACAAAGCAUAUGGUUUCCAUUCAAGAGUGGAUUUCUGUUCUUGUAAGAGUUGAAGUAGCCGAUAAUAGAUUCAGAGAUGCCACUUUGAAGGAACUCAUCGAUAUCCAGAAUCAUCUCAAAUCAAUUAAAAAUAAAUGUGAAGAGGCUGGUUGUUCUCUUGCAAACACAUCAAAACCUGAUGAGGAAGAAGAUUUUUGGGAGGAUGGUAAUAUUGUUUCUAUUGAAGCCUCGUCCAGUGCAACCAAUAACAAAGAUAAGCAUCUUGACACGGCAUCAACCUCCCAUAAAAUGAACAAUGAUAAUCUUGGUCCAUACACUAAAGUAUCUAAUGGGUCUACUGUUGAUAGCCCACUUCAUGGAGGAAAAGAAGUUGAGUCAAACCCUCUGAAGCUUAAACUUAAGGCUGAAGCUCCUGUAGUAAGAUGGGGUUCCCACUUGGAUAAUUGGGGUUCAGACAGGGUUUUUAUGGCUAACCAGCGGGGCUUGGAGCUUGAAAGUCACUGGGGUAGGGUGGACAAUGAUGCAGUUAUUCCAGCAGAUAAAAUUGCUGAAUUGAAUGUUCAGGCAAUGCCUUAUGAAGAAAAGCAGAUUGAGAUCCAACCAUGCCGUGCUCCUUUGAGAAAAGGGAGACUCUGUCAGCGGAAAGAUCUGAAAGUUUGCCCAUUUCAUGGACCUAUCAUUCCUCGAGAUGAUGAAGGGAGGCCACUCAAUCAGAGCCCUUCAGAUGAGAAGAGAAUGGAUUUAAAGACUGAUUUAGUAGAUAAGUUAGCAAAACAAGCGGUAAAAAAUGUUCGUGACAGAGACAAAGAGGUGGCAAAUAAGAGAGAAAUUGAUAACAAGUUGCUGAAACGUGCUAAACUUGCUAAAAUUCGGGAACACAAUGACGCAGUUUUACGGGAUGCUGCUUUGGCUUCAACUUCAAGAUCAGCUGUUCUUGGAGAAAUUGAAGAGUUAACUAAUGAAGACAAACUGUCUGCCAAAGAGAAGAAACAAAGUCUUGCAUCUAUGCUGCGGAAGAAAGUAACUUCAAAAGAUAGAAUAGGUCAGAAACUUUUGAGUUCGCGGGCAAGGGGUAAUGCUGAUAGGAAGCAUGUAUCUCUUGAGGAUUCCAAAUACAGAGAGGCCUUCCCAAAUCAAUGGUAAACUAGUUUAGUCUUUGUUGAGCUUGCAUGAGUACUCUGAAGUAUGAUCCAAACUUCAGAAUUAGCUGUAUUUGGCGCCGAGCCUUGCCUAUGGAUCACAAAUUCAUCUAUUCAUUUACUUUUCUGCAUAGUUAUUUCUUCUUAGGCAGACUCAUAACUCAUAAGGACCAGCUGGACCGCUAAGGAUGUAGGGAAGUAGGUUAUUUUGCCGGUUUGUGUUUUAUUGUUAAAUUUAUCUCCCAAAAUUUCUGUAAAUCGUGAAUAGUACAUUGUAAGUGCCAGAGGAUUACAAAUCCGGGAAUUGAUGUGAUGCUAGUUACAAUUUAUAAAUUUAUUUGUCCACCAUAAGUGCUUCUUAAUUGUAACAUGUAAUCCCAUUUGUCAAUGAAUGUAUCUAAAUUUCAGUCAAAUAAAUGAAUAUUGGGAUUGGAUUUCCUCUAA